AUGUAUGUCAUAUUUCCGGCAGAUGAAAUAGUAUAUCUGUCGUAUGGUCACCUUAUUUACGUUCCCUCCGCUCCCCAGCCAGAUAACGAACUUAGAACACCGCCGAUUAGAACCUCACUUGACGAGAAUCCGUUACCGUUUCCCUCUUGCCUGUCGAGACGAAAUUCCCUUCGAACUAGCCAAAGAGAAAAUCCGAACUGUGAUCAAUUCGACGGCGUAGGUUCAAAAAGCAUCGACCUGGAAAACAGAGGACCUCCGAACAGAUACAGAACCAACGGCUUCUCGACGUCCGAAUCCCCUCAACUCAUAAGCAGAUCGGAUUUGAUAAACAGAUCCGGCGGUCAACAAGCUUCCACGUCCGGAUACACGUUUCAGAAAAGUUCAAAAUCCCAGGAAACGUACGAUACCGGCUCCAAACCAGGGACUUCCAGCGAACAGCCUAAAUGCUCGACCGAAAGACUGAAAUCGCCAAAUAGAUAUUUGAAAGCGAAAAAUCCCGCAGAGCCCGUGUCGCAACAACUGGACCAUUUUCAAAUAUUCUCAUCCACAAAUCGGUCCAAGAAAUAUUCCAAUCCUGUCGAAGCAGCUGAUCACCACCCCCAAGGUUUCCGAUUAGGCUCGAUCCACCGACCGCCGAGAACCCAAAAAACCAACGAGUCCAACAAAAAUUUAAACGACGCCGAAUUUCUCGCUAGGAACGCUGAACAACACGAAAUUAGAAGAGGCGAAAGUUCUAGUCGAUCAAUCAAAUCAAAGACUCCAGUCGAGAGGUGUAAAAACCCUCCGGAAUUAAGUGACUCGCGUAACAAACCGAGUCCUCUCAAACUAGAAUGCGAUAACAUCAGCCCGGAAGCUUCAGAAACCGGCUCACUAUCCAGGAUAAAGAACAAAUUUUUCAAAUCGAAAGAAGACAGCCCGGCGUUCGACCGUUACAAUUGCAGCAGCAACAAAUCCAGCAAAUCGAGCAAAAACAGUUCGAACUCGUCGCGAUCGAGCAGCUCCAAAACGAUCACAGGCGCCAGACCGAGGACCGCAUCCGAAUCCACCAGUAUCAAAAUUGAUCCUUCGAAGAAAAAACUGAGCACGGGUUCGUUCAAAUCGUUCCUGAGGUCGUCGGCAGUCGGGGACAAGGCGCCGGAGCCGCCGCUCAGGCCCGAGAGAAAGAAAGAGCGGAAGCCUUCGGAGGAGCCGGUCGCGAAUCGCGAAUUGGUGCAGCGCAGUGAUAUAAUCAACACGAGGAGUGAUCGAGUACAGGAAGUGAAAAGCGGCGGCAAGGCCGCCGCCAAGCGCGAAAAGUCGCCUGGGAUACGGUUUUUUCGGGCGCAGUCCUCCAGUCCGAGGACUUUAGGACGAGAUAAGACCGCGUUCGAUUUCGACGGGCUCUUUAGACAGGAUUCCAGAAGGCUGACUGUCAAUUCGGGGUUUAAUAGAAUCGGGACGCGUUUUGGGUCCGACAACAAUAUCACUAGUUUGACUGGUAACGAAUCAGAAAAAUCGCCUACAAAGAAGAGGACCUUCCUCAAAGGAAAAUCACAAUUACCGGACAACGAAGUCAAUAUGGCGAGCAAUGAAUCCCCGUUAAAGGACCUCAUUCAUCCUGCCUACAACGAACACUUGAAGUCUCACAAUGCAGUUACAUUUAAGCUCAUUCGAACAGUAUCGGAUUUCACGCAACAAUUGGGCCAGAUGUACGAGCACCAUGCGGAGGAACUCCAAAUGCUCGUCGCUAAUUUCCGGAAACGAAACGGCGAACUCAGGAAGGAAAGACCGGCCUGCCCGAGUUCGCUGUUCCACACUUGGGAGACGCUUCUGCAGGAAGUCGAGAUCGAUUCCCAAGCGCUCGGCGACAUCGCCUCGAUCCUCGGCCGGCAAGUGUCUAGACCGCUGCUGGAGAGGUCCUUCCACAGGAAGAUGGAGUCCAGAAAAGUGUUCACGCACAGGGAAAGCUACGAGACCAUCAUUGCCAAAACUGAGGAGAAAUUAGCCAAGUGUCGACAGGAGUACAAAAGUGCUUACGUCUCGUACUUAUCAGCACCAUCUACGGAGACUUUAAGUGCAUAUUUUAAUACGCACAACGCUUACAUUCAGCAACUACACGCAACGAACGGGAUGAUGGAGGAGUUCGGAAAACAUACCCUACCGUCUUUAUUACAGGAAUUAGAAGAAAUAUAUAUUGAUUUGUGUUCAACAUUGACUGAUGCGGUACUACAGGGUGCUGAAGUAGUUUCUAAUAGAUCCAUGGAACAAUGCAGACGAUACGAAAGCCUCGUGUCCCAAUGCAGAUCCGUCUCCGGAACGUCCGAUUUAUGCCACCUGGCCAGAUCCUUGCCGGUUCCUGCGGGUCGGGCGCCCAUUAUAAGGAGGAUAUUCGUACCGCCUCAACCGCCACCGCCUGCGGAUGUCGCCGAUGGUGACAUAGCUGAUUUACAACCGAAUGAGAACAUCCCGCCGCCGCUUCGAGACGAAUUGGUAGUGGACAAACUAUCGGCGGUGCAAUUGAAGCCCAGUCACGACGUCCUGCAACGGGAAGCCCAGGAUUUGGAGAUCCAAAUUCGCCAAAUACAGGACGCCAUCGAGACGCUGCUCAGGAUCCAGCAGAAAUCCGUCGAGGCCUCGCUUUACAACAAAACCAACGAGCUGCAAGAGGACAUUUCCAUGAAGAGAUUCGAUUUAUCAGUGGCACAGCUUCAUCUUAGCGCCAUUAAUGCGCAGAAAGAACUUUUUUCGAAUAAGCUCGAGGGCGAUUCGGUUAGUCGCGAACGAAAAAUGUCCUCUGCAUCGACGGCUAGCAUGAAAAAUAAGUGGUUGAAGGCUUUCAAAAGCCUGAAAACACCGCCACCUGAAGUUGAAAAGAAAAAUGGAGCUGCCGCUACGAAGGAAUUGCUGAAAGGAGAUCCGGAUGCGCACAAUUUCCAGGAGUACACUUACAAGAAGAUAACUCCUUGCGAUAUUUGCUCGCAGGUGUUACGAGGUCACACGCGUCAAGGUUUGAAAUGCCGGAUAUGUAAAAUGAACGUGCACGUGGAUUGCCAGGAAAAAGCGUCGAAAUGCCAGACUAAGGCGAGGCUUUUAAGAAGGCAAAAAUCCACUUCCGAAAUCGAAACAAGAGUACCAGAAUUUAACCCCGAUGAAGAAAGGAUUGCCGAGGUGUUUUCAAUGGCGACCAUAAAUAGGCGCUUAUCCGUGAAGACUACACAUCACAAUCAAGUGAACAAUUCCGUGUUCUUAGACUACAAGCAUGGCGCGCCGAUGAUGAACAACAACAUGACGGCGGCAGAGUCGACUUCGAUGAGAAGAAGACUUUUCGCCGGAAUGAAAAGCCUGACUGGUUUCGGUUCGAGGUCGAGCAGGCGCGGAUCACCUGGCCAUCGUUCCAUCUCUCUGCCAGAAACCCCGCAUUCUCCGAGAAGGCAAAAACUAAACCUUCGAAUGAAAAGUUUAUCGCUGGAUUCUCCGGAAAGUACGGAGCACGUCAGAAGGGGAAAGCAUCACGGAACGAACGCCUCCAGCGAUCCCCAUUCCAACCAAAGCAGUUCGUCCAGGAUCCAAUCACCUUCGAGUCCGGUUCACAAUCGUCGACUGUUAUCAGCUAAAAAUAUUAGAAUGUCGUCGGUAGAAUUACCAGACGAUAAUGACAAAAGUCCUUCAUCGGCCAGCGCUUCUCCAUGCCCGAGUCCUGUGGGUGGAAAGAAAUCUCACAGACUUUUACCAACGAAUCUCUACGUUGUAUUGUACAACUUUAAAUCGAGGCAUCAGGAUGAAUUGGAUUUGAAAGCGGGUUAUAAAGUCACCGUCAUUGACACAUCAGAUCCGGACUGGUGGAAAGGAAAAUGCCUAGGGAAAGUGGGCUUUUUUCCUUCCAAAUACGUAUCUAAACUAUCCUCCGGAGAAAAACCACUGCAGGUGACUCACAAUCUUCAAGUAUCAGACGGUGACAACGGCUUGAUGCUACUGAGGGACCAAAUAGUGAUCCAAAUCGGUGAAGAACUCGACGGAAUGGUGAUGAUUCGAUCGGGCGACAACCGUCAGGGCAUUUGCCCGGUUAAAUUCCUCCAGGAGGUCUGA